AUCUGGCGCCAUACGAGUUAUAUAUUUUGAGUCCUAUUCAUUAGUUUUGAUCAGACUCCGAAAAUUAUGCGUUUUUCCUCACUACACUGUGAAUAAAUUCUUGAAAACAAUUUAAAGACACUUAUCUCAAGAUACUUGAAAGAAUAAAAAUAACGAAUGCCUGAAAACAAGGAAUGGAGGGCGAUCGAUUAACUAGUAAAAAUACGAAGGAAGGGGAUGAUAUUAAGACUAAGUCCAAAGAAAUUUUAGGUUUAAGUACUACAGUAGCUUUGGAUACACUAUACCAUGAUGUUGAACGGGUUUUACAAGAGUAUGAAGAGGAUCAUAGGAGAAAUAAGAAAUUCAAAGCUUGGUUAAAAGAUGCCUUACAUCAUCGUAGCCAAUAUACAACACUUUGUUGGACUUCGGCAUUUGUAUUGCUAGUCAAUGCUGUCAUUCUCAUUGUUGCAUUCUUUACACUCAACGAAACAUGGUAUUCUACACUGCCAUACCAAGGACUGAUAGUUUGUUGUUUAGUACUAUUAAAUUUUAUUUUAGUGGUGUCGGAUAACAAAUUACGACAUGAGGAAAUUCCUCAUAGGAUAAAAAUUCUUCUUAACCAACUCAAUAUUGCUCGUUCUACAUGCCGAUGGAAGCGCGAAAACUACCCACAUCUGUGUAGUCCACAAUCACCUUGUUUGACAUUGCAAUGGACAUAUCGCGAUGGCGAGAUAGUUAACUUACCUUGGGCGUUGUUGGUAGCUGGUGACAUGAUAGUGAUGAAACCAGGCCAACAAGCACCCGGAUAUUGCGUACCGUAUAAUGAUGCGGAAGCACCGAUCUUGCAUGCCAGAGAAGCAUACAGUCCCACAGUGCACAGCGCCAACGAGAUCUUCUCUACACCGCAAGCUCGUGUGCCCUUGAAAAAUAAGAUAUACAAGCUUCAGGAGACACCGUAUUUGAUGAAUUUACGUAUGGCGUUGGACCAGGCCCUCGAUCGGCCAGUAACUUAUCACAAUCGGAAGCGUCAUCUCUUGAUGAUCUGCUGCAUUGAACAUCUAGCUUAUCCAAUACUCUUAAUCGUCACCCUCGUAAUCAAUUUGCUUCGCUACGUAUAUGUGGCUGAUUAUUUUGGUACAGGCCACUGGAGCGAGAUGUUUCUGUUACAACCUGUUGCCGUGAGUCUUCCUCUGUUGCCGUUAGUGUUCCCCGCUUGUUGGAUAUUUCUCAACUGCUUCGGGAUGGCUCGUUUCAAGGCAUUAUUCAAGUUAUAUCUAUCCUCGAAGAAACUUCAGUUUGUAGAUCCUUUUGAAGACGCGGAUAUCAAUGGCCCCAAUCACCCGGAAGUAGUAUACAACGGACUUGAACUCAAGGAUUACUUUUUCGACAUCCUUUGUGGAAAGGAGCACAUGAUGUCAAGAUCCGCAAGCAUUUUGCAUGUUCUGGGCUCCGUGACCGCUUUAUGUUGUGUAGACAAAAAAGGAAUUCUGUCGUGGCCUAAUCCUACUGCAGAGAAAGUAUUCUUUCUACGUAACACGAAUAACACUCUAUCGCCAAGUUCGAGUACCGGUAGUGUGGACAAGACUGCUGACAAAAAUCAAGAAUCUGAAGAAACUCAAAUGAAUUCCAAUCGGAUGUCCUACAUGCAGCAUGAUAUGUCACACUCCACCGCCGAAGUAUUGGAUCUCACGCACGACCACGCCCUACCUUUUCGACUACAGUUCGACGAUCACUCAUGGCGACAACACUUGAACUCCCUCAAGCCGCUUGGCUUAGCAAUUCUCCUCAAUACGUGUAACAUGAACACGCAGGAGCAUUAUAUGCAGUUCUGCUGUCACGUUACCUGCGAAGCUCUUUACAACGAAAAUCUAGUCCCUGUGACAAACAGACGUUGCCUGUGCGAACUGGCGAAGCAGAUCGGCUUCCAGGAUCAGGCACAAAAAAUAUUUCAGCUGGAACAACAAUUUUCCACAUUCAGACAUGUGCAACCGGAAAUGGUCAGACGAGAUAUCAAGUUCGCUCGUUCGCUGAGCAUCGCGACGAAGCUGAAGUUUCCGUUUCCUCACAUGGUCGCCGUAGUCGUGAGGGAACGUAGCGGCGGUGGUCUGCAGUUAUUAACGCAAGGGACAGCCGACAUAAUUCUGGAUUCCUGCAUCGAAUUUUGGGAUGGUCAUGAUCUCUGUCCUCUGUCUGCGUCGGACAGGAAAAAGGUACAAGAUUUUUAUCAAAGGACCAGUCUGACGUCGUACUGCACUGCAUUCGCAUAUCGACCGUUGACAUGCGCCAUCAGCGACAAGAUAUCCGAUAUCUAUUUGGAACUUCCCGCGGACAGCAAACACUUAUAUAUACCUCACAGAAGUCCUACUCCUUUGCCAUGGGAUUUCAGAAACGUUCUUGAUCCAAGAGUACGAGGAAUACUUGGGCAAUUCCACUCAACAGAUUCUUUAUUAUGUAACGAAAACAAAGACGAUGACGUUAACGAUGUCGAAGGCUGCUUCGAGGUUCAGUGCAAUCAGAUCUUCAUCGGAAUGGUCACUAUGCAAUAUCAGGCACAAACAGACAUGGUGCAGUUGAUUGAACAGUUAGAUCGAGCAUGCAUAAGGUUCGUUCAUUUUAGCAAGGAGAACGAACUACGCUCGCGUGUUUUCUCUGAAAAAAUGGGUCUGGAGAGCGGCUGGAACUGUCAUAUCUCAUUACUUAGCGAGGGAGCCAGGUCUGAGAGUCCAGUGGGUUGGUGGGUGAGCCAGGCGGCAGCCAUGUCCUCACCCACUCCCUCACCCACGGCCCAAUCUCAUCAGCAUAAUUACUCCUGCAUGGACGAGGCCAGCCACUUGCUUAAUCGUGUCUUACCUCGCACUAACCUGAACAACAGUCGAGCGAUGAGCAUGUCAGCGCCAAGUGCCAUCAAUACAGAUUUUACAACGGUAAAAUUCGACGAUGAGACCACCGAAUGGAAUGACACGGGUACAUCGCAAGUGAAAAGUGCCAUGAGUCACAGAGAGCAAGAUACAGUGAGAAGUGAGGAUAGUGUCUUGGUGCAGAGUGUCGAUUUGGGAUCAGGUCAAGAAGGUUGGAGGUCUAUAAGCUGCCUCACCGAUAGCACGGAACAAAGUGCACCGGUCAACUUUGAUCUGUCGAACAGAGCCAAAUUGCCGAGGGGUAUAGACAAGAUACGACCGCACAUAGAGUUGAUAGACAACGUACCUUUGCUGGUAUCUCUGUUCACCGAUUGCAACACCACGGUGACCCGUGAGAUGUUGCACAUCAUGCAAGAUUACGGCGAGGUAGUAUGCGUGCUCGGUUCUUCCGCCAAUGCUGAAAACAUGCCGAUCUUUAUGCAGGCUGAUGCUGGCGUGGCAGUAGAACCUUUAUAUCCCCAAGUGUGCCAAAAGGUACCCGUCCUGAUAUCCACCACGGAAGACCAAGGAAUAUCACCUGUCGAUCUGAGCAGAGCCCUGAAUUCCGUUGCGUGCUCGUUGAGCGUAAAACGCGAAGACCCCGUAGCGAUUUUCCAUCUCAUUAUGGAGGCGCGUCAUUAUAUGAAGAGCCUGUGGAACUGCGUGCAAUUCUGGCUCUGCUGUACAGUCACCCUCUCAUUCACACAAGUUCUUUCGGCGUUCUUGUUGUUACCGCCGCUGUUCACUGUCGAGCAAGUGAUGUGGUUGUGUUGCUUAAUUAUUCCUUUACUGUCAAUAUCUAUGAUCGCCACGCCGAUAGAUGCGACAAUCAUGCAGCGCGCGACUGGGAAGAAUCAAUGUAUAGUCAAUGGAGAGGUGGCGUUGUUCGUACUAUGGUGUUAUGGCAGCAAGUUCUUGCCGACAGUGAUCACAAUGAUCCUGUCGCAGUGUGUCUCAUUUCUGACGCUCUGCCCCAUCUACGCGGCGCGCAACAAUUCCAAGUGUAUGUAUAUAUAUCCAGACGUACGGAGCCAAGAUUCUUGGGGCGGCUGGAGCAGCACGCCGAGCGUAAUUUCGGUCGUGCAGCAUUUGGCCCUCGCUCUCAUAGUUUUACAUUUUGCGACGAUAUCUGUUAGCUUCGUGCAUAGAGAAUACUCGAUAUGGAAGAAACAUCCUGUCAAUAAUUACAUAUGGUGCCUCAGCACGUUUAUCGUGUUGUGCGCGCAGGCAGCAUUCUCCGGUACAGCAUUCUGCAGAUUUUGGAAGGAGGAAGGCAAAAAUAUCGAGGACUUCCCUAUGCAUCUGGCGUUGUUCUUUCUGCUCUCUAUCCCGUUAACGUUCGCUGUUAACGAGUUGAUUAAAUGGCAAGAGAUUAAAGUGAACGUUAGAUACCAAAAAAGAGCGCGUCUAGAAUUUGGCACAAAGUUGGGAAUGAAUUCACCAUUCUAAUUUAAUUAUUAUUUCGUUACAUCCUGUAGAAUCGGGUGUGCCUGCAGAAACCAUAGAAAUUAAGCUUCUGCAAGAACUCGAAUAUUCGUUCGAAUUACUAAUGCAGAGUUUCGUGUACUUACGGCCUCGUCCCAAAUAUUGUCAAAUGAUAGAGGUUUAAACAAAAUAACGGUAUUUUUGUAUAAUAAAAUGUGUGUACUUAAAUUUUACAACAUAAUUAUAACAGUAAUCAUUUGUACAAUGGACACGCCAAAGGCACGUCGAUUACGAGCUUAAAUAAGCCUCGUAUAGAAGUUUACACA